AUGCAUCCCGUACCGAUCGCACCAAACUUGCAUAGACCUUCUACCGGCUCCGCCAGGCUGGUAGUGAGAACGUCCAAGAACUGGGUGCUGCCUCCCAGACCUAGGCCUAACAGAAGAAACACCAUCCACUCUGGUGCCAACUCUUCACACACACACACAAACAAUACACACACAAACAACGCAGGUAACGCUAGCAGCGCAACUACUGCUGUUAACAGUGCUGCGACUAGUGCCGCCAGCACUCCUGCGCCUCCUAAGCGGAAAAGAGAGAACUCCUUGCCUGUGAACUUGAAGAAAGUUAAAAAGGACUACAACAGGGUCGAGAACUGCCUCGCGUUCCUGAAGUUCGACGACGAGGAGGACACCACUACAACAAGCACAGAUAUAGACGACGACCUGUUCUCUAACACUUCACCGGUAUCGUCUACGUGUACCCCUCUGACAUCGGCCUCUUUAAACCUCAAGAGCGUGCCCUUCAAUGGCGCCUCUGCUGUCAGUGGAGUUGGCAUGCUGAACUUGUCGGCUGGGAAGAACGGGGCUCAGAAGAAACAACAGCGCGCAAAAUCAGCACAGUACAGUUACAAGCCUUCGUCAAAGGAUGACAGCAAAUACGGCAACGAGUCCACAUUGGAUGGCGACCUCGACCUGGAGAUGGAGAUGUCCAUGAACUUGGACGACAACAUCAACGCGACGUCAUUUACAACUGCCACAGAGUCCAAACCUGAGUUCUUCACCAUCAACAACAUAACUAACGCUACAACAUCAGCAUCACCUGCUCUUAACGACCCAGUGACUACAGACUCCUCCCUUUCCGCAAAGGAACUUGAGGAUUUCUACAACUAUAUUCCACCUAGUUUGGAAGAAUUGAUUGAUGAACAAGACGCGCACUCCAAAAAUAACAACGGUCUCUUCAGAGACUCUCUGAUGAGCAAGAGCUAUGAGUCCAUGAACUUAAUGAUGUUUAAUGACCCUUCAAAUACUGCUAGACAACAAGAUGACCUAAUUGUUGACACUGAUGGUGACAUGUUUGCAUUUAUUUGA